GCAACAGGUAACACACCCUUACAAGCGGUCUACACAUCUCCCCUCCUCUGUGUGGGCAUCACGCCUUUCUAGCUGCGUUCCAACCUCCAACCACUUCUCACAUUUGCCUUGAGAUCCCCCUUCUUUUUUUCUUCUUCUUGAGGCAAAAGCGCACAGGACAACAGCAGAGGAAUUUUGGGGACAUUCCAGGCAAGGCGAGAAAGGUGGAGUUUUCCCUGACACACUGACGGAGAGGCACAGUCAGACAUACUGGGACCAGAGGGACAGCCGGAGAAGACAGAGACGGUCAGAAAUAGUAGCCCGGGACAGGAAAGACGAGGGACGGGGAGAGGGGCGAGAGGAAGAACAAGAGAGAUGAUGGAACUGAAGAUCCAGCUGAUCCCUACGGGGGAGAUCAUCCUCUCUCCGGGGAAAAAUGGGGAGAGCUACUGCCACAGCUGCAAGGUGGUGGCUAGUGACGGGGUGCGGGCUAUGAUGGAGUCGGCCCUCACAGCCAGAGACCGGGUGGGAGUCCAGGACUUUGUCCUGCUGGAGAACCACACCAGUGAGGCAGCCUUUAUAGAGAACCUGCGCAAGCGCUUCAAGGAAAACCUCAUUUAUACAUACAUUGGUUCUGUAUUGGUGUCAGUGAACCCGUACAAGGACCUGGAGAUCUACACCAAGAAUCACAUGGAGAGAUACCGCGGGGUCAACUUUUACGAGGUCUCACCCCACAUAUAUGCAGUGUCAGACAACUCGUACCGCUCCAUGCGGACGGAGAGGAAGGACCAGUGCAUUCUGAUCUCGGGGGAAAGUGGCGCUGGGAAGACGGAGGCAUCUAAGAAGAUCCUGCAGUAUUACGCCAUCACCUGUCCUGCCAGCGAGCAUGUCCAGACCAUCAAAGACCGCCUGCUGCAGUCCAACCCAGUUCUGGAGGCCUUUGGCAAUGCCAAGACAUUGCGUAAUGACAACUCAAGUCGCUUUGGCAAGUAUAUGGACAUCCAGUUUGACUUUAAGGGUGCCCCGGUGGGGGGACACAUCAUCAACUACCUGCUGGAGAAGUCCCGAGUGGUCCACCAGAACCAUGGAGAGAGGAACUUCCACAUCUUUUACCAGCUGAUAGAAGGGGGGGAGGAGGACCUGCUGAGACGACUGGGCCUGGAGAGGAAUCCUCAACAGUACCAGUAUCUGGUUAAAGGGAACUGUCCCAAAGUCAGCUCCAUCAACGACCGCAGCGACUGGAAGGUGGUGCGGAAAGCCUUGUCUGUGAUUGGCUUCAAUGAGGAUGAGGUGGAGGAGUUGCUGAACAUUAUAGCCAGUGUGCUCCACCUGGGUAACGUGCAGUACGGCGGAGAGGACAGCGGCAACGCUUAUAUCGCCUCCGACACACAGAUCAAAUAUCUGUCCAGGUUGCUAGGGGUGAAUGGAUCAGUGCUGACAGAGGCUCUCACACACAAGAAGAUCAUCGCCAAGGGAGAGGAGCUCAUGAGCCCGCUGAACCUGGAGCAGGCAUCGUCUGCCCGUGAUGCGCUGUCCAAGGCUGUGUAUGGACGCACCUUCACCUGGCUUGUCAAUAAGAUCAACGCCUCACUGGCAUACACGGAUGAUUCCUACAAGAAUUGCUCUGUUAUUGGCCUGCUCGACAUUUAUGGUUUUGAGGUCUUCCAGCACAACAGCUUUGAGCAGUUCUGCAUCAACUACUGCAACGAGAAGCUGCAGCAGCUGUUCAUUGAGCUGACCUUAAAGUCUGAACAGGAGGAGUACGAGGCUGAAGGCAUCACGUGGGAGCCGGUGCAAUACUUCAACAACAAGAUCAUCUGUGACCUGGUGGAGGAGAAGUUUAAAGGCAUCAUCUCCAUCCUGGAUGAGGAGUGCUUGAGGCCGGGGGAUGCUAGUGACAUUACCUUCCUGGAGAAGCUGGAGGACACUGUAGGAGGACACCCCCACUUUGUGACUCACAAGCUGGCAGAUGCAAAGACCCGGAAGGUGAUGGGUCGGGAUGAGUUCAGGCUACUGCACUAUGCUGGAGAUGUCAACUACAAUGUCAACGGGUUUUUGGACAAGAACAACGACCUCCUUUUUAGGAACUUGAAAGAGGUUAUGUGCAUGUCAGAGAACAGGAUUCUGACUCAGUGCUUUGAUAAGGAGGAGCUGACUGACAAGAAGCGCCCAGACACGGCAGCCACCCAGUUCAAGGCCAGUCUGGCUAAGCUAAUGGAGAUCCUAAUGUCCAAGGAGCCCUCGUACGUCCGCUGCAUCAAGCCCAAUGACUCCAAACAAGCAGGUCGUUUCGACGAGGUCUUGAUCCGUCACCAGGUGAAGUAUUUGGGACUGAUGGAGAAUCUGAGGGUGAGGAGGGCAGGCUUCGCCUACAGGAGGCGCUACGAGAUCUUCCUACAGAGGUACAAGUCUCUGUGUCCGGACACAUGGCCUAACUGGCAGGGAAAGCUGGCCGACGGAGUGGCCACACUGGUCAAACACCUGGGAUACAAACCAGAGGAAUACAAGCUGGGCAGAUCCAAAAUCUUCAUCCGCUUCCCAAAGACCUUGUUUGCCACAGAGGAUGCAUUAGAGACCAGGAAACACGGCCUAGCUACCAAGCUACAGGCAGGAUGGAGAGGAUACAGCCAGAAGUCCAAAUACCAAAAACUCAGGAACUCAGCGAUCCUUAUCCAGGCAUGGUGGCGUGGUAUCCUGGCCAGACGGAGAGCCCAGCGCAGGAGACAGGCAGCUGACACUAUCCGCAGGUUCAUCAAGGGCUUCAUCUACCGCCACCAGGAGCGUUGUCCUGAGAAUGAGUACUUCCUCGAUUAUGUCCGCUACUCUUUCCUCAUGAAGCUGCGCAGGAAUCUGCCCAAGACUGUUUUGGACAAGAGCUGGCCCAUACCGCCAGCAGCACUCACCGAAGCAUCUGAGCACUUGCGUACGCUGUGCAUGCAGAACAUGGUGUGGUCUUACUGCAAGAGAAUUAGCCCUGAGUGGAAACACCAGAUGGAGCAGAAGAUGAUCGCCAGUGAGAUCUUCAAGGACAAGAAGGACAACUACCCACAGAGCGUGCCCAAACUUUUUGUCAGCACAAGGCUCAAUGGUGAGGAGAUCAACCCUAAGGUGCUGCAAGCUCUAGGCAGUGAGAAGAUGAAGUAUGCAGUGCCAGUCACUAAAUAUGACAGGAACGGCUACAGGGCCCGGCCACGCCAGCUCCUGCUCACUGCCAACUGUGCGAUUAUUAUAGAGGAGGCCAAGAUGAAGCAGCGCAUUGACUAUGGAGCUCUUAAAGGAAUCUCAGUCAGCUCUCUCAGUGAUGGGUUAUUCGUUUUGCAUGUCCCCAGCGAUGACAACAAGCAAAAGGGAGACGUAGUUCUGCAGAGUGACCAUGUAAUUGAAACCUUGACCAAGGUGGCCAUCUGUGCUGACAAAAUAAACAGCAUCAACAUCAACCAGGGAAGCAUAACCUUCACUGUGGGUAAAGGGAAAGAGGGAAUCAUUGACUUCACCCCUGGGUCAGAACUAGUGGUGGUCAAAGCUAAGAAUGGACAUUUGUCGGUGACCGCCCCAAGACUAAACUCCAGAUGAUGCCCACCUCUGACCAUGUGAUCUCAUCACAGGAAAUGCAUUUGCCUGACCUCUCCUAUCCACCAAUCACAUGACCGCAGAUCCCGCUCUGCCUAAGCCAAUCAGAUGCCAACUGUCACUACAUAGAUGGCAUGUGCUUCCAAUUAAGAAUUAAAAGUCCAGUAAACUAAUUGAUAUAUUUAUGUUUAUAUAUUAUAUUUUUUGGGGAUUAAUACUGUUGUUGUUUGGAUAUUCUAAUUAUAUAUGUGUAUAUAUAUGUGAAGCCAAAGAAUAACAUAUUUAGGUGCAAUUUUCCUGCACCAUGGGUGUCUAUCAUGCUUAAUCUGAGAAUAUGACCAAGCAAACAGAGAAGCGCCAGAAUAAGAGACAUGACAAGAAAAUGAGAAUGGGAUUGUUGUUGAUGAAAAUCAGAGUUGGUUUACGGCUUGUUGCUUUUUCCUUUAAUGUGCUUUUUUUAGUCUUUCUCUGCUCAGUUAAUUAUCUUGAUUGCCUUCCUGACACUCCAUUUCUAACUGAGGCAAAUGGCUUUACGUGGAAGCAUGGAAGUUUCUAGAACAAGGCUAAUUGUAUGUAGGCUAGCUGCUGAGAAGUUAGGAGACAGGACUGAAAAAAAGAGGAUGGUCAUCAUUUGACAUCAUAGUUUGAAGGUUUGAUUGGAAGAGACCCAUCGGUGAGACAGCAUGGACAUCACACACCCACAGCACUGUUUCCACCGUAUGGUGGCUCACUAAAUCAGCAUAAAUUGUCAGAUAUAUGCCCAGAUCUUAUUCCAAACAGUGGUGUUUGUGUUCAGAAAUGUUGGAUAGGAGGAAAACCUACAUGAGGGAUUUGCUGUAGUGGAUGAAUAGUGCAUAUAGCUACAGGAUAAAAGAACAAAGAAUGUGCAAGAAAGAUGAGAAAAGACAAGAGAAAGAAACAAGCUGGAAAAGGAAAAGGCGUAAUGGCUGCUUGCUUUUGUCAUAUCCCUUUUCAAUAUACACUUGUGCCUUUCUCCUUGGCUAAGUUAUUGUAAGUGAUUUUUAUCUAGAUUAAUAAUUUUUUACCAUUAUUGACCCAUUAAAACUAUGACACUCUGAGAACAGAGUCGAGUCAGUUAAAACCUAUCAUCAUCAUCAUCAUCUGACUAAGGAAUUAAAGAGGGCGUAUAUAAAGAAACAUAAGCAGAGGAAGUGAUUUUCAGAGACACGCUUACUUUGUAUGCAUAAAUGAGCAGCCACACAUGCAAUAGUUUUACCAAGUUCUCUUGUUCAGGAUCACAGAACGUGUUUCUGAUGCGUGAACAUCUCUGGCCACUCUCAGCCACACCUUUUUAACGUCCUCUUCUUCUGUGCUGUACAUUUCCGCUUCACUUCUGAAGUCUCCUCCUCCCCUGAGCGCAUUGUAUGUAUGAUCUAUUACUGAGCUGGCCUGCUGGCUACCUCUGGUCCCGUGUUGCUGUCCAGCUCACCCGCCAGCUCUACAGCCCACAUUACUGCCCAUAUAACGAAGAAGUCGUGCCAUGGAAAUCUCAUAAGGCCUUUGGGGUGCUGUAACUGAAACGGCGUCGGAUAGGAAGUGCGGCGAAACGAGAACUGACCCAGCGAAAUGACACUAUAGUUCUCUGAUGACCCUGAGCGAGACAGGUGCAGUUCACCCAGGUGCUGCGACGCUUAACACAAUAACGGCCGAAGUGACCCAGUGAAUUUAUAUUGAUUCAGUGUUGUAUGAUUUAUGAAGUGUCAAUGUUGUGUCCUUUUCUUGGUGGGAGAACUAUUAUGUAAUGUGUUCUGCUUUAUAAUGAGAGAUUCAAGCCAAGUGAGGUUUGAUUAUGUGAAACAUUGAAGAGGGGAAAAGAAGAGCUUUUAGUAUGGUUUCAUGGAGCAAACUUUUUGCUAAUGUGCCUUGUUGUUUGAUAGAAAUACAACAGAUUUUUUUUUAUAGAAUUAUGGGAAAUACCUCCUGACCUGUGUCAUCUGUUAAUUGGGAAUGGGGUGUAUGGCCAAUGGUGUCCGAAUCAUUCUUAAACUGUCCAGGACUGUCUAAAGGCGUCACCCAAAGGUUUUUCCUCCGUGUAACCUUUAUCCAAACUAAAUCACACAUUUGUUCAUUGAUCUGCAGAUGCACACCUGUUAUUAUCAGUCCUGACUUACUGUAUGCACCAACCAAUGUAUAAUUAUGCCAGCACACUAAAUAUGUGAGAUACUAAAGCUAUAUUAAAAGAUAAACAAAAAAU